AUUUAAUGGGAAAUGGAGAACAAAAAAACCUGAUCGAAUACCUUGUUCGGUUCUAUUCUAGUUUUUUCUUGGCCCGCUCCGAUUCUACCCGAUGAAAUGCUUAUUAGAUACAUCCAAAAAGUUUUGCAAAUAACCUUUUAUAAUUUCUUUCUUUUUCUGAUUCAAAUUCGAUUCAAUUACUAUCCAGAUUCGGGAUCCUAGAAAUUGGCCUAUGCAUCCCAAAUUCGCUAUUGGCAUUUCAUACUAACUUGUGACAAAUUUUGCUGAAACUAGUUUUCUAAUCUCUCCUCUGUGCACUCUCUACACGUUCUCUUUUUCUCGCCUUCUAUGGCCGUGGAAGGAGGAGGAACGCUAUCGGAGCUGUAUCAGAGCUCAAGGCGAUUGCUGUUGAAAACUAGAGAUGGUUUGGAACGCCUUGAACGUCUCGAAUUCUCGUCUUCAGCAGGUUCCGUCGAUUCUUCGGAGCUUGCAGUUGCCGUCCGGAGAGAUAUCUCUCAAAUUCAAACCCUUUGUUCUGAUAUGGAUGGACUCUGGCGAUCCGUUGGUUCCAAGCCUCAGCGUGAUCUCUGGAAAAGAAAAGUGGAGCAAAUAGCUGAAGAGGCUGAUUCUUUCAAGGAAAGUUUAGAUAGGUAUUUUCAACGUCAACAGAAAAGGAUUCAAGAAGCUCAAGAGAGAGCAGAAUUGCUUGGAAGAGCUAACGGUGAAUCAUCUCAUGUUUUGAGAAUUUUUGAUGAGGAAGCACAAGCAAUGCAGUCUGCACGUAACUCAUCUCGAAUGUUGGAAGAAGCAACUGCAACUGGAACAGCCAUUCUUGCUAAAUACUCUGAACAAAGGGAUCGAUUAAAGAGAGCUCAACGGAAAGCAUUGGAUGUGCUGAAUACACUGGGGCUAUCGAAUACAGUAUUGAGGGUAAUUGAGAGGCGGAAUCGAGUUGAUCAAAGGAUCAAGUAUGCAGGAAUGAUACUUACUUUUAUUAUAGUAAUUGCAUUCUUGAGAUGGACUAGGUGAUUUUUUUGUUCCAUUUUCCAUAAAAAUGUCCCACUAGUUUGUAACACUUUUGUUGAGUAUUUCAAUAGAAGGGUUGAUGUUUUUUA